CAAUACAACUUUUACUUUCAAUUCAUUAUUUUUAAAGCAUCUACAAUUUGUUUCUAACGUGCACAAGGUUAUUGCAAGCUUCGAUUACUGAUUCAAAGUUGUUAAAGGAUCCAUAUCGAGCUUGUUUUUUUGCUUUCGUGGUCGUGUAUCACUAACAAUGGAAAAGAGCAACGAUAACUUGGGUUUUCAUGAAGACACCGAGUUGAGAUUAGGGUUACCAGGAACUAAUGGAUCUAAUAAUAAGAAGAAAAGAUCAUUUUUGGAAACUAAUGAUGAUGAGUCGUCUACUACUUCGUGUGUUGAAGAUUGCCAUGAUGACCACCCAACUCCACCAUCAAAGGUACAAGCAAUUGGAUGGCCUCCGAUCAGAUCUUACAGAAAAAAUAGCCUCCAAAUUACAAAAUCAAAAGAAGAAUCCACAAGGAUGUACGUCAAGGUUAGCAUGGACGGAGCUCCUUACCUAAGAAAGGUUGAUCUAAAACAAUACAAAGAUUACAAGGAACUCUUAAAGGCAUUAGAAGAGUUGUUCACCUUUAAAGCUGGUAAGGAUGAACCAACUUAUGAAGACAAAGAUGGAGAUUGGAUGUUGGUUGGAGAUGUUCCAUGGGAAAUGUUUAUUAAUUCUUGCAAACGGCUUAGGUUAAUGAAAGGAUCUGAAGCAAAUUAAGGUUUGGCUUGCUAGCUUGGUCUAAAAUUUGACAUUAUAUCAUGGUACAAUAUUAAUGUACGGCCUAGUAGCCAGCCUUGUUUUGGAUCUGUGAUUAUCGAACUUACACAAUUGAUCA